AUGUCGACAGCUAUGACUUUUGGCCAAAAGCAGUUUAUACCGACACCUCCAGAUAAGGGCAGCUUUCCAUUAGAUCAUGAAGGAGUUUGUAAGAAUAGCAUGAAAAGGUACCUAAGUUGUUUAUUUGAAAAUAACAGUAACAAUUCAAUGUGCCGGAUGGAAGCUAAGGAGUAUCUGGCUUGUCGAAUGGAACAUAAUCUAAUGGCAAAGGAGAAAUGGCCAAAGCUAGGUUUCCCAGAAAAAGAAGAUCAGACUGAUGAAGCCACAUAA